AUGUGCAUGGGAAGAGUUUGUUUGAGUAGUGAGAAUUUUUUUGAGAAUACAAAGUCUGACGGCUACAUUCAGCACGUUGAACAGUUGCUGUUACACUUCCAGCGGCUUGGAUGCAACAUGAGUAUAAAGCUUCACUACCUCCACAGCGAUCUAGACUAUUUUCCUGAAAAUCUCGGUGACCUAAGCCAGGAACAAGGAGAGCGCUUUCAACAGGAUAUUCGCGCUAUGGAGAACAGUCGGGCAACACAGUCACCAGUGACUGUUGUCAAUCUGUCAAAGCAAACUUUAGAUAAACAAACCGUUGAGAUCCUUAAAAAAGGUUUAAAUUUUGCACCUGCACCUUCAAAAUUACCGUUCGAAGACAUUAUCUGUAACGUUGAGGAAUGUCUUCAUAAGAAUCAUGUCACGAAAGAAGAGUCUGAGGCAAUCCGGCAGGACGUAUCAUAUGUUCUGCGCCGGAGCAAAUUGCCUCAACAAAACAUCUCUCGUCAGGAAUCAGUUGCACUAAAACACCUACGCAACAAUGAAGACCUGACUGUCCUCCGUGCAGAUAAAGGGAACGCGACCGUAGUAAUGGAUACGAGUGAUUAUGAUAGUAAAAUAACUGAAAUUCUUGCGGAUAAUUCUGUCUAUAAAAAAGUUAACAAAGACCCGACCAGUAAAGUUUUAACGGAAACAAAAUUAUUAAUUAAUAAAUACAGUUCCAAACUCAAUCUGGAUAUCAAAUCACUCGUACCAUCGUGUUCAAAACCACCAAAAUUGUAUGGGUUACCUAAAAUCCAUAAACAAGAUGUUCCAUUACGGCCAAUUGUAAGCCAGAUUGAUUCACCAACUUAUAAACUGGCUAAAUUCCUUUCAAAGAUUUUAUCACCACUCCGGGGCCACACAAAGUCAUUUGUUAAGGAUUCCUACCAGUUUGUCAAUGACAUUAAACACCUAAAAUUGACAGACAAUGACAUUAUGGUCAGUUUCGAUGUACAGUCAUUAUUCACUAAUCUACCUGUUCUUGACUGCAUUGAGAUUGUAAGAGGUAAGUUAAAGGAUAAUAAGAUGCCUAUUGAAUAUGCAGAAUUGUUAAAGCACUGCCUAACAUCUGGCUAUCUCAUGUGGAAGGAUGAAUUCUACAUACAAGUAGAUGGAGUAGCAAUUGGUUCGCCGGUUUCCCCCGUUGUCGCAGAUAUAUUCAUGGAAGACUUCGAGGUGCGAGCCCUUAGCUCUCCUACAAUAAGACCCUUAAUUUAUAAACGCUAUGUAGAUGACACUUUCACAAUAUUAAAUAAAAACAAAACAUCUGCUUUCUUGAACCAUCUUAAUUCUAUCAAUAAUAAGAUCCAGUUUACUAUAGAAUUAGAGGCAAAUAAUUCUUUAGCUUUCCUUGAUAUACUGGUCAUCAGGAAUCCUGACAAUACUUUGGGACAUACUGUUUAUAGGAAACCCACACAUACGGAUAGGUAUCUCAAUGGUAAAUCACACCACCACCCUGUACAGUUAGCUACCGUUGGUAAAUCUUUGUUACAGAGAGCACAACACCUUUGUGAUGCUGACCACCUAGAGGCCGAGCUGCAGCAUGUAAGACGUGCUCUGACCAUCAACAGCCUGCCCGUGCCUCGCCAGCAUCGCAAGAACCAGAUGAAGCCACCUACAGUUGAGCGACAACCUGCAAUUCUACCAUAUGUAAAGGGAGUUACUGACAGAAUAGGCAACAUCUUGAAGAAGGUUUCAAUCAAGACUAUUUAUAAACCACAUAAGAAAGUGAGCCAAUUCUUGAGACCAAUCAAGAGUAACAUUCCUUUACAACAAGCGGGUGUAUAUAAACUUGAUUGUGACUGUGGCUUGUCAUACAUCGGACAGACAAAGAGAAGCAUCGGUACAAGGGUUAGGGAACACAUUUCAGACGUCAGGAAUAGGCGCGCGUCGAAGUCAGCAGUGUGCGAACAUGCAUUGGACAAACCAGGCCAUUACAUUAGAUUUGAUAAACCACAGAUCCUCGCUCGUGAAGACAGAUAUAUACCAAGGUUAAUCCGCAAGGCUAUUGAAAUUAAAAAACACCCAAAUUUCAAUAGAGAAGAUGGCUGGAACCUAUCAAACACCUGGGAUCCUCUUCUUAAAAAUAUAAAAUCCCAUGUCCGUGACCACACCACAGGACCUCGAGACACCGUGAGCGCAUUUUGCCGGCAUCCAGAGCGGUACGAAAGACAAUUAAGAAAUCGAUGGCGGUAG